GAGAGUGUCUAUAGGCAAAUCACUGCAUCUCUGCAGGUCGGCCGGGAAAGAAUACAGGACGUAAACCCGUGUACCUCUAUGCAGAGAGGCCUUAAUCGGCCUUUCAGCUGCGGGUUCUGGAGCCUAUAUCAAACGGGUCGUCUUGUCCCUGGCCGUUGAGAAUAUGGCCCUAUCAACAGCCACUUUGUCUAAGACCGAAUAGUUCAGUGCGAUAGCGUGGACGUUCUCCAAGCGGUUCUCCAAGACCCAAUUUAGUGGGACCAAACAAGCUCUCUGGAGGGCCAUUUGGAGAAGGCGAUGGCGGAAAGAUAGGGUAUUUGUGAUCGCUUAGUGCGUUAUACAAUCAUCAACAGCAAAAGCACACCGCGUUGGUUCGUUUGGACCAUUCACCAUGCAUUAUACGAUGGUUGGUCGUUUCAGACGAUGGCUGAAAAAGUCGCACGCAUCUACUGCGGCUGCGAUAUCGAAAAAACACUCAAUACAAAGACUUUUGUUAAACACAUAAUAGUGAAGAAUUCGAAAGGGGAUAAAGCAUAUUGGAAGUCAGCGCUUGCAGUUAGCGGUCUGCCUCAUCGGAAAGCUCGGUACCGGGAUCAGGGGGCUGGUGGCUCCCCUGUGCUUCGAAAAAUCCGUCUGGAUGCCUGUGGUGAGCUGAUUGUCGCGUCGCGAAAGAACAAGCAGAUGGCAGAGGUGCCGGGGACAACAAAACGACUGUGGUUGUGGUUCACGAGCGGAGGCCAAGCGCUUAAUUUAAGCGCAAUUGCCAAGACUCGCUUAUUACCAAGCACGGAUCCCUCCGAGACGCUCAUGGUGUUAUUCACCUCGGGUAGCACCGGUUUGCCCAAAGGCACCAUUAUCACACAUUCAUUGUUCGCAACUGCAAUCAACCAUCAUAGGAAAGUUUUUGGAAUUGGCCCUGGCGAGAGGGUCUAUGAUUUUACAUCAUAUAGUUUCGAUAUUGCCUGGUUCAAUGCAUUGCAAUCUUUAUCUCACGGAGCCUGCCUAUGCAUUCCAUCAGAGCAGGAAAGGAAAACGACCUCGAAGGAUCAAUAUUGAGAUUCAAGGCGACCAUUAUUCUUAUUGCGCCAUCUGUCGCACGACUAGCGUGUCGCUCUCGGAGGAGAACCUCAAAAAUGGAGCGCUUUACAAAGCUGGCCAGCCCAUGUUAGGAAAUAGAGUGUCUACGAGACUGCAGAGUGUACAGUGGUGUCGGCAGCAACCGAUCCUUAUUUGUGGCUGCCCUCUUUGAAGAUAAUGGCUAACAAACAUUAUUUAUCACAGCUCAUCAUCUUGUUAUUGAUUUUGUUCCGUGACGAAUCACUUUCGAAGAUUUUGAGAACCUAUUAACGCACCAGCCACGAGUCGAACCAGGUUCAGCGUCAUUUAUGGAAUGGUGCCGGUUGCAGAAUGAAUAUGCAUCCUCUUAUUUAGAAUCGAGCUUUGUGUUGCAUUCCAUGCCCAAGUACCCGUCUUUAGAUUACUGGGGUUUGAGGAAGAAACAAGAUGGCAAGGAGCUCUACACAAGGAAGCAAUUCUUCCUGGAUAUCCCAACGAGCAAAGCAAUUUUGGCUACUCACUUGCUCAAAAUUUUCAUGACAGAGAGCUCCUUCCCAUUUUUACCGAGGGUCAUGGACGGUUUGGUUGGUGAAAUCAAGAUAUUGAUUUAUCGCAGACGGUAAGAUGGUUCACCACAAUAUUUUUUGUCCCAAUAGACAUACGAGAAGGUGAUGAGCUGCUUGAUUUAUGAUCAAAACAAAGGACAGCAUGUGACGCAUUCCUUGCAAAGGGUGGUCCUACUUCUUGUCCAAAUACCUGAAUAUUAACGGGAGACUGGCUUUCUACAAUGACCCCAUCGAAAUCAACUUCAACUUC